AUGCAGCGACAGCGAAACUACGAGCAAGACCUUCAAGAGGCUGAGGAAGAGAAUUUGUCAGCAAAGACUGCUAUUCGCACGCAGCAUCGUGAGCUGGAGAAUUGGUACCCAGGAUUUGCCCACUACCAAGACUCGUUUGUAAAGAACUUGCUCCCUCAGACAGAGCACAAUGGGUCCACCGCAAAGGCAAUGUUCAAGGAGUCGGCAGUUGCAGAAGACGCCGCCCCUGAAGUGGCGAUGGCAGAGGACUUCAAGCGGCUGCUGGCCGCGCUGCCUCCCGACAAGCGCAAGGUCAUAGGCAAGGACUUGAUGGGCCUGAUCGAUGGGGACGAAGUCCAGCGGAUGCAGCAAGACGAUGUGCCGCUUAGCCUCGAGGAUCAGCAACAAGAGAUUGAGGAGAUAGAGCGUCUGCAAGGUGAGUUGCAGAAGCAGGAGGAACGCAUCAAGAAGCUGAAGCUGGAGAUUGCCCAGAUCGAGACGGAAAACCUUCCCAACGAGCUAGACAACCUGGCCAACGAGCAG